CGUUUGGCUUCUUAUUGUUUUUCGCCUUCAAGUAAUCCCCGUCGUGUAUAAGAACAUUCGCAGAAUGAGCGUCAUUAACGGACCUCCCAUUUCCUCCAUCUCUUUCCCCACGUUCUCUUUCACUUUAUAACGACGACCAUGACUCAAGUUCCCGUUGAGCUGUACCGUUGUAUCGUUGAAUGUGUUACCGACCGCAAGACUCUCCUCUCUCUUCUUCUCACCAAUCAUGUCCUUCAUGACGAAGCCGAGCGUAUACUCUACCAUGAUGUUAGCAACAUCUUCGACAUCGAGUCCUACACCUUGCUCCUCCAGCGUUUCAUCUCGUGCCCUCGCGUUGCCCGUCUCGUACGGUGCUUUCAUUUUCUUAUGCGUUCCCACAUAGCGGAGGACCACACGUGCUGGAAGCUUCUGCCGAUUGCUCUCCGUGCUCUCACGAACCUCAAAAUGCUCGUCUUCAGGUCCGUCGGAGGUUCCCUGGAGGCUUACAUUCCGAGCGAUUGUGCAUGCCAGUUGGAGUACCUAGACUGGCAAUGUACUUCUGAGAGCAAGGGGUCGGAGCUUUCGCACUUCCUUCCAACGCAGCAUCGCCUCCGGACAAUUCAGAACCUCCAGUGGCGUCCUGAUUAUCAAGUCCCGCCCCCGUUUUCACUCCCAGCGCUGUCGACGCUCAGUGGAAACUAUGAUGCAAUCAAAGCCCUCCUUCCCGGGAGGACUGUUACAAGUUUGCAUUGGAUAUCUGAUGUGAAGGAUGUUCGGUCUCCCGACGUUUCAGAAUUGGUAGAGCCACUAGGCAAUCUGGAGACAUUCCGGUUGGGUGGGCAUCACGAGCGUCCAUCUCUGGUCCUUCUGGCGGAACACCUCUCCAAGGUAAAGGUGCUGGAAUUGUUCGGUGUUAAGCCUGGGGAUCUCGAAAGCAUUGACAAACUCCCACACCUCGAGGAACUUAAGGUGUCGGUGCAGUGGGGCUCUUCCUCCGAUGGUCCCAUAUCUCCCAGAGAUGCUGCGAGCGUCGUGUCCAAGCUCUUUGUUGCCGUGCCGACACUACAGUAUGUGGACAUUGCCCAACCCGUAUACUGGCCCAUCCCUGCGUUCUGCCAGGCAUAUGAUCGCUGGUGGCGGGGCUCGACAAAGCCUGAGACCAUCCAGCACCUUCCUUUCUGAUUAUGCUCAUGUUUAUAUCAUGUUCUUUCGUUUUUCUUUGCAUAUCUCAUAUUUAGAUUAUAAUCCUUAUUGCAAGCACGUCCUUGCCACAAAAGUCAGCAUACUAGGAUUUCUAUAACUCAUGCACUCUACUCUUUAUAGUUAUAAUUAUUGGAACGUACCCAUAAACAUAACGCUGUACCGCAACAUAGUCGUCAUACCUAAAUAAUUCCAUAUGGACGUACGUCAAUGUCCAUUGUGCC